UAAAGACACUGCGCCUCAAGCAUACGGUGCACAUCAGUUAACUAAUUUUUCUUUUCCGGGUAAUAAUUAAAAUAUUUCAUGAUGAUCAAAAUUGUGGCUUUGAGUUUGAUGGUGGCGUUCGUGGCUGCGGGACCUUAUAGGGAAAAGCGUCAAGUCAGUAACUGCCUAGAUUAUUUCAAAAAUAUCCCCAACCCUUGUAUCAACAACCCGAGCUCGCAGGUCUACUACCCCCACCCCUCCGACAACUCCAAAUUCAUCCAGUGUGACCGAUCUGGACGCAUGUACAUCAUUCAGUGCCCAGAGAACAUGCUCUACAGCCCCCUGACGUCAACGUGUGGAACAACCGCGAAACCCGCGCCCUCCGAAGGAAGCAACAUUCCUGCUGUUAACCUAGUGAAUGGAAAUCCCUGCACUGCCCAGGCGCUCGCUGACGGACACAUCUACUUUGCCGUCCCUGAUGACAGCACGGCAUUCAUCGAGUGCGAUUUGCUUGGGCAUCCCAAUGUCCUUCAUUGCCCAAAUGGUCUAAUCUGGGAUCAGAGCCGCCUCUCCUGUAGGUACAACUUCGGUGCCAGUGGCGGAACCGGAACUGUACCUGGAACUGUAUCCGGAGGCGGAGGUAGCACUGUCGCUCCAGGAACUGGUUCCCUCGCUAACAAUUGCUCACCUGAAAACAUCGCUGCCAACAAGCUUUUCUGGCCUCACCCGGACCCAACUAAAUAUAUACAGUGUGAUUUGUGGGGGGAUCUGUUUGUGAACAGCUGCCCUUCUGGUCUCGUCUGGAACCAGUACUACGAAACAUGCGCUUCUGCUUACGUCAACUAUGCCGGAACUGGUGCGAACUAAACAGGAACUGACGUCAAUAUUAUAAAUUUAGAAUCCGGGAAAAAGAAAUGGUUAAUUCUUAACCGCAAUAUUCACAAAAUUGUUUUUUCAUUAUAUACAUGUAAUGCUUUCCGAUGUACAUGUAUUUAUAUUUUAACAUUAAAAUAAAGUGCAUGCAAUAAAUACACAAACUACUAUUUGUUGAAAUAUUCCUCGCUUUCUUUUAAAUAAAAGCUGAAGUUUUUUA